GAGGGAGAGCAUUGAGGGUUGGGGAGUGAACUGGCUUUAACCACUGUUGUUCCUUCCGCUUUCGUCGUUAGGCUGCAGGAUGACGAAGAGUCGCAGUGAGCCCGUCAAGAAACACUUCACGGAGGUGGGAGACAACGGCAGAGCCGACAAGGGUAACAAACAACGGAUCUGCAAUUACUGUGACAAGCCUAUGGCCGGGACAGUGAGCAGGGCAAGGGACCAUUUCUUGAAGGGUUCGCGAUGCGAUGUCGAGCGCUUGCGAGGUGUUGUGUCGAGAGAAGAGUACUCGGGGAGGGUGAAGGGGAGAUUGGUUGCGAGGUCGGAGUUGGGAGUCGCUAUGGGAGAGACUGCAGAGGGGGAGUCGUCAGAGGACGACAACGAACAACGGACCGUGGAAGUCGGAGUAGUCGAUCGAUCGGAGUUUGAGGCGGGGCUCCGUCAUGCGACUCCCCAGUCGUCCACAGGUGCAGUCGGCCUCCGUAAAACGACGAUCGAGGACAACACUGUUGUAUUCAGGGCGCACGAGUACACACAACGUACGAUGGGUGACUGGAUGACGACAGAAUGCAUCCCGUUCAAUAUGAUGCGGACCGAGUACUGGGACAAUAUGGUGCAUGCCCUCAUGAACUCGCCCAAAGGAUUUCGGUACGCGGAAUUCGAGAAUGCAAGGACGAAGGGGGUUGAAGUGACGAGGGGGAGGGUCGCGAAGAGUGUGGAGGAGUUGAGGCAGGAGUGACCAACCACUGGCUGCAUGUUGCAGCUUGAUGGUUGGACAGAUCGCCGACAGAAACCACACAUCAACUAGAUGGUUUCCUUUCUGAAAGGCUCUAUCUUUUGGCGAAGUGUGUGCAUGUCAUGACGCAACAAAGGCGCCUUGACAUA